GCGUUAUAAGCUUGCACCGCGCCUGCGCGAGAAGAGUGUCAGGCCGCCUUGCUUGCUUUCUCCCUGUCCUUGGUGCGAUCAUGGCCGGGCGGGGGAAGUUGAUCGCCGUGCUGGGCGACGAGGACACGGUGACCGGGUUUCUGCUGGGCGGCGUCGGGGAGCUCGACAAGCACCGGCGCCCGAACUUCCUGGUGGUGGAGAAGGAGACGGCCCUGACCGAGAUCGAGGAGGCCUUUCGGAGCUUCCUGUGCCGCGAGGACAUUGGCAUUGUCCUCAUCAACCAGUUCAUUGCGGAAAUGAUCCGCCACGUGAUCGACGCGCACACCAAAUCCCUCCCAGCUGUGCUGGAGAUCCCCUCCAAGGAGCACCCCUACGACGCCUCCAAAGACUCGAUCUUACGCCGUGCCAAGGGCAUGUUCACCGCUGAAGACUUGCGAUAGGUGGCAGAGGGGGGCCGCUCCCUUCCUGGGCCAGCUGCUGCUUCACUGCUGUUCCUCCAUAAACCACUUCUCUGCCUCCCUUGUGUUGCCCCGUUGUCGUUCUCCAAUUCAUCGUUCUGCGGAGGAGCAAGGCUGCGCCGGAGGCUUCUUCGGCCUUGGAAGGCAUCAAGGCUCCUGCUCCCCGCGGUGUUGCACUCCUUUGAGUCAGGAAGCCAGAAGAGCUGGGCUGGGGCUGCUGGGGCUGGGGGCCCACUUUGCCUUCAUCGGGGGCUCUUUGGGGAAGGCAUCCACCCUCUCAAGGUGACCGAGGUUGAGUUCCAUUUUCUCUGGGGCUGGAAUUGGCCCAGCUGCGUUUCUGCGUCCGGCUGUGGCCCUUGCACCUGAGGAGCAGUGGAGGCCCACGUUCAUCAACAGAAAUGCAGAUGUCCUUUGGACUGAUGUCUUGCUCCCCUGUGGCUGUUGCUGCGCUUUAGGCCCAAGUCCCCCAACCCCACUUCCCCUGUCCUCCCACUCCGUGCUAUUUAAGCCCUUUCCUUGAGGAUCGAAGCCAGAGUGGGGAAGGGGAAGAGGGCAUGUCUUGGCUUGGCGUGGCGCCUGCAGGAAGCUGUCAGGCUCUCUCUGGCAGCGCGGUGCCUAAGCGUCUCCCUUGCCUUUGGUGUCCUAAGGUUGUGCAGUCCAGAUGAAAGGGCUCCUCGGGGCAGGCACAAUUUUUCCUUGGCUUAGAAAGGGAGUUGUGCUCCUAUGGCGGAGAUGUCCCGUUGACUGUUUUUUUGCUAGGAGGAAGUUCCCUUUCAACCCACCACAUGUUUGAUGAUCCGUUCCAGCCUUCUUCAACCUACUGGCUUCACGUGGCUCACCUGGGGGAUGUUUGGGGUCUAGGCCACCAAGCUGGGAGAGUCUGAUCCCAUUUUCACCCAUACAUUUGUUAUUCCUCAAAGGCUAGAAAGUGAUAUCUAACGGUAGCGAGUCACGCUGCCAGUUUCUGGUUACCUUGGAAGCAACCUUGUCUGUUAUCCUGAAGCAAAACCCAACUUCGUGGAGGGAGUUAAUAAAACUGAUGUCUGUUUGA